AGGCACAGGCAGUUUAAAACCUGCACUCAGCUGCAAAGUUCUUUCCCACACCAAGCAGCUUGGAUCCAGUUACAGGAGCUUCUCUAAUCCACCUGCAGUACCAGACAAUUACAGGGGAGAAUCAUGGCUGACCCCUUCAUCAGGCACAUCCAACUCCUGGGCUUUGAGAAAAGAUUUUUGCCCAGCCAACAUUAUGUCUACAUGUUCAUGGUCAAGUGGCAGGAUCUCACGGAAAAGGUUGUGUACAGGAAAUUCACUGAAAUCUAUGAGUUCCAUAAAGCCUUAAAAGAAAUGUUUCCAAUUGAAGCUGGAGACAUAAGUAAAGAACACAGGACUAUUCCACACUUACCAGCUCCUAAAUGGUUUGAUGGUCUCAGGUCCACGGAGAACAGGCAGGUCACUCUGUCAGAUUACUGUGCCUCUUUGCUCAGCCUCCCUCCUAAAAUCUCCCGCUGCCCUCAUGUUCUCAGUUUCUUCCAAGUCAGACCCGAUGAUGUUAACCCAGUAGCCAACAACACCAAUGGUCGUAAGCCUGAGACGUUUUUGUUGAAAGUUGACGCGUCUAAAAAAAAUGUGUCAGAUAUAACAGGACCCAUUAUCCUGCAGUCAUACAGAGUGAUAGCUGACUUUGAAAAGAAUUCCAAGAGUGAGCUGGCGGCGAAAAAUGGCGAUGUGGUAGAGGUAGUGGAGAAAUCUGAAAAUGGCUGGUGGUUCUGUCAGCUAAGGAACAAGCGGGGAUGGAUGCCUGCUGCUUAUCUUGAGCCUUUAGAUGGCCCAGAUGAGUCUGAAGAACAGGAUCCUAAUUAUGAAGGUGACCUGCAUAUUACCACAAAAGACUAUACAGGAGAACUAGAUGAUGAGCUGAAUCUCAAGGAAGGAGAGAAUGUUGAAGUCAUCCACAAGCUGCUGGAUGGUUGGUGGGUUGUCAGAAAAGGCAGCAUCACUGGAUAUUUUCCAGCCAUGUAUCUACAGAAAUCUGGCGAAACAGCCCCUGCCAAUGAAAAUCUGUCAAAAAGAAAAGGCUUGCCCCCAAGGAGAGCCACUAUUUCAAAUGCAAACAGUAUUCACAAACAAGGUCGAAAGCAGAUUAGCCAGGAUACCUACAGGAGAAACAGCAAGAAGUAUAUAAAGCAACGUCAAUCCAUCAUUGACCCUAAAAGCCCAGUUAUAACAGAAGAAAAUAAAGAGGAAGAAAACAAAUCUAAAACCCAGCCUACAAUUCCCCCAAGACCCAGCAAAGAACUCAUCCUGGACCGUUGCUCAGAGAACACAAAGAACAAGAUCAGAACAUUGAACUAAGUCAUCCUGAGAUCAUGUGAUGUUUAUAGUUAAUGUUUCAUAUCUUUAGUGCAGUGUUAUAGCAGGUCUCGUAGGGCCAGAAUCGGAUACUGUGGGAGCACUCUCUCAAUAAUUAGAUGUAGAUAGUUCCAAAUGGUAUAGGGUUUUUAUAUUGGCCAUAGAGGAAAUAAUGGGAAUUGUCCAACAGUGGGACACACUCUUCACUAUGCUUUACUGAAUUUUCACUGGUGAGUUAGGAUUGACAUGCAAACCAAUAACAUUUCUAUACAUAUAUAUAUACCCGUUAAAUAGAAGCCGUAUUUAAGGUAUGGUCUGAGGACUCUGUAGUUUGUACUUGGAUGUAACAUAAAACCUGCAUUUGUACACAAUGUGUGUCUCUAAAGAGGAUUGAGAGAGACCAGGGAACAGGGACAGGUAGGUGACAGGUAGCAGAUGAUGUCCAAAUAACUUUAAAUAAUUUAUUACAUUUUUAGUUGAUUUUUUUUUUUGGACAAUGUGAGAUUCUAAGACAUAGGAGAUUUUGGGAUUGCUUUUACUUUUUAUUUUUUUUUUUUAGAUAAACCACGCAUGUACUGUAUAUUAUGCUUGCUAUCUCUGCAGCUAGUAGACCUUACGUGUGUUAUUUUGCAAACAGUUGUAAUUGUAACAGCUGCAAAAAUAAAGAAUGGUUCUUUUUG